AUGGACCAAUCUUACUCAGAUAGUGAUGUAACAUUGUCUCCAUCCCAAAUACUAGAAAGAUUACAAGUACUUAGACAAUUACAGCUACUACAACGCGGGAAACUACAGAAACAGCGGUUGGAAUAUCACGAAUCUCCUGAAAUAACGUCAAGUAUAACAGAAAUAGUUAGCCACUUUAGUAAUAGUACGAGUUAUAAUACAUUUCGAAGUUUACUUCAGUCUACAGAAGCAUCCAAUGAAGGAUAUACUGAAUCCGAACCUGCUGGCGGCAACCUAAGUAAUUUAUCUAAAAAGAAUAAUAUUCACAUAAAUGUGGAAGGCGUUGCUGCUUUAAAUUUAUCAAAUGCUUCUGAACCACCUGACACACCAGUGUCUUCUAGAAGUUCUGCAAGAAAACAUAGUGAAAACGAAAAAUCUUGUACUUCAAAUAUCAAUACAUUUAAUAAAAAACAAAUAUCUUUAGACGAAAUACCCAUACUGUCUCCUAAAAAAGAUUUUGAAACAUUGGUUAUAGAAAAAUUAAAUAAUGAAACAGGUGAAACAAAAGCAAUUCCUAAAACAAAAACAUCAGUGUUGCAAAAGAAAGCAUUUCUUAAAAGAGGAGAAGGUAUGGCUCGUUUUGGACUUCAGAAGAAAAAUCUAGUUAUACAGAACACAAAAUCGUUACCAUGGAGAAAAAAUACAAAUUUAAGCAGCAAUGUUAAAAAAGUUAAACCUGUGGAAAAUAAGACUAAAACUGUUGAAGAUAUCAAUAAGAAAAAUAGUAAUGUUCAAGUAGAGAUUGUAGUAGAUAAACCUAAGAACAUUUCACCCUUAAGCCAAACUAAUUUGCCAACAUUCAAGAAACCUAUUAAUGGAAAAAAUAAUGUUGAAAUACAAAAAUCUGUUACUAAAGAAGCAAAACAAUUAGUUAGAUCAGAAAAUCCAGCAACAUCUGAGAUUAAUAGUAAAUCAUCAUCACAAAUAAGUUACAAUCCUUCUGAUAAUGGUUUUACUAAAGGAAAACAAUCUGCCAUUCAUAAUAAAGAAAAAACAUGGGCAUCUGUGUUAACAAAAGAACAAGAUGAUUUAUUAAGGCAACUUAAACAGAGUAGUUAUUAUAAAAAUUUUGUUUCACCCGUAAAGAGCAUUGCAUCGGACAUAAGUUGUGAUGAUAAUUCCAAGUUACAACAAGAAAGGGAAACCGCUGAACAAAAUAUGUUUGAGUUGUUGGAAAAUAAAGUAUCCAAUGAAAGUUUUAACAUAAACAAUUCAUUUUUAAAUAGGUUUCUGAGGCAGAACAGCUUAGAAUGUUCUGGUGAGAGUACACCAAUUGUAAUGCAGAAAUGCUUGUCUAAAAAUCCAAAUUUAAUGCAUCUUUUGCCAGAAAUUAAGGUCAAUAGAAAUGAAAUGACGUGUACUGAUGUUGAGAGUUGUUACAGUGAAUGUUCAGACUGUAAUGAUAAUUGUUCAUCUGUAUCAGAAUGUUGCUCUUGUAAGACCCCCAGUCAUAUAAGUUUUCAAACAAAUAAAAACGAAGAAGGUUGUAUUAGAAAAAAGGAAGAUUUAAUAAUAGAUAAAGAAAAAGAAAAUCAAAAAGAAGUCAAUAAGACAGCUGACAAUGAAGUUUUAAAUAAUAAUAUGGUUGAGAUGAAUGCAAAGUUAAUUGCUACAAGUGAAUUAUUGAAAGAUAGACUUCGUGAGCUUGAGGAUGAAAUAGAAACAUUCAGGAAAGAGAAUGCUAAUCUUAAUAAAUUGAGAGAAGAUAUAGAACUUGAACGUCAAAAGUUUUAUGAAGAGAAAACUGCAAUUGAACAGAAAUUUAAUGAGGAGAAAAUCUUAUCUGAAUAUUAUUUAGCAGAAGAGAAAGAAAAAUUAAGUAAACAAAAACAAAUGUACGAAAGAUAUGUAAAAGAUAUGAGGGGUAGAUUAAAUAAAAAAGAAAAAGACGAGGUUAUUAAUUUGAAGAAAGAAAUUGGUGACUUGAAGGAAGAAAUAAGAUCAAAAGAUGCAAAAUCAACUUCUAUUAUUGCUAGGCUUCGAAAUCAAUUAAAGAUAAUGGAAAAAGAAAAAAAGAAUUUAGAAGACGAGGUCGAAAAAUUAAAAAAAGAGAAUCGACGAAUUCAGCACAGUAAUGAUAUAUCCAGAAGGCUUACAAAUAUCAAGUAUUUGGAAGAAAUAAACAAGAAACUAAAUAACAUGACCUCAAAAGAUACACAUUCUGAUAUUGUUCAUGAUUCUGAUAUGAAAUAUAAAGCGUAUGAAAUUGAAAGACAAAGCAGAACAAGAAAAAUCCUUCCCGCAAAUAAAGGUACCAUUAGACCCCGUGCAAAAAGUGUUCCGAACCUCAAAGUAACUUCAAGGUAUGCUAAAUAUUUUAGCCAGAAAGAUUCCUUGAGUGAAAAAGAGAAAAAUAGAACAUUUCAUAAUGAACACGUCCAAAUAUAUUCAAACUCUUCAAACAACGAUAUGUCAAAUAGUGAUGACGAAAACAAUUACGAUAAUUAUGAAAAUAAAACUUCUGAUAGCGAAAUUAGUAAUAAUUUAGAGAAAAUAUAUAAUACAAGAUUUAAAUCAAUAUCACCAUUAUCUAAAAGUCAUGAAAACUUUGACCAGCCUGAUAAUAAUGAUUUUUUCCUUAGAAAAGGAACUUCAGCUCGGAGUUUAUCUAAAAGUUCCAUUUCCCCUAAUCGAACGAACUAUGAUUCGUCAAAGUCUGCUCCAAAUGUUAACCACAGAAAUACAUUGAGUAGUAGAAAUUCAAAUAGUAGCAAAUCACCUAGUAGUAUUUACCAGGAAAAUUAUGAGCAACUAGAAUGUCGAAGAUCCAAGUCACCAGUGUCAAUAUUAAGUAAUAAGUCUUCAUCUAGCCAAAAAUGUGGCACAGUCAUAAACAAAGAAACAUAUCUAAAUUCGAAUAUGAUACCUAGUCCAGAACCGACUGUGAGUAAAAGCAGUUUAACAAAAACUAAUCUAAAUCCAACGGAAAUAAGAAAGCCAGAUGGUACUAAAGAAAUAAGAUUUCCCAAUGGCAACAUUAAAACAAUAUCAGCAGAUGGACAAUAUAGUAAGUUUGUGUAUUACAAUGGAGAUGUGAAAGAAAAUUUCUAUAAUGAGGGUAGGAUAAAGUAUUAUUAUGCUGAAACUAAAACAUUCCAUACUACACAUCCUGAUGGGUUAGAAAUUUUGGAAUUCCCUGAUGGUCAAGUUGAGAAGCGUUACAGAGACGGUUCUUCAGAGAUCAGACUCCCAAAUGGUAGUAUACGUUACUUCGAUCCUAAGAACGAACAUAUACGAGAGGAGUGGCGUUUCCCAGACGGCGCCGCGCUAACUGUCUCUGCUAAUGGGGAAAAGAGAAUCGUUUUUGCUAAUGGACAGAUAGAAGUCCAUGCAAAAGAACACAAGAGACGAGAAUUUCCUGAUGGUACAGUUAAAUUGGUCUAUAAUGAUGGUACAUCUGAGACAAGAUAUUCAUCAGGCCGAGUCAGGAUUAAAGAUAAGCAUGGAAAUCUCAUUAUGGACUCUGCUACCAGACAAUAA